UUUUGGCACCAGCUGCGGCUUGCGUCACCGUGGCGUCAGAAUCCUGUGAAUGCGCGAGCUGAGAAGCAGCCUUGGAGAGGCAGCGCGAGCGUACAGUGCGAGUCAGACGAGCACCUGAUCGACCAGAGGAUGCAUCGGGCCGUUCUCUCUUUCAGUCUCCACUGUUUUUAAAAGCGUUCGGCACAGUGACUGUAAUGUGGAGCGUGCGUUGAACAGAAUCGACUCGUUUGAGUUUCAUUCCUUUGCGCACUGGAAGCGUUUCAGCGAAUCAUAAUGAAUGACAUAAAAGUUGCAGUUCUGGGAUCCGAGGGUGUCGGGAAAUCAGCACUUAUUGUUCGGUUUCUAACCAGGAGAUUUAUUGGAGAAUAUGCAUCAUCAUCAGAGUGCAUUUACAGAAAGCACAUGUCUAUAGAUGGAAGACAACUUAAUCUUGAACUGUAUGACCCCUGUUCUCAGCCAUGCGAGGGGAAGUCCACGCUCAACGAUCAGAUCCAUUGGGCCGACGGCUUUGUGGUCAUUUACGACAUCAGCGAUCGUUCCUCUUUCCUCACAGCCAAAGCCAUAGUGCACCUGAUCCGAGAGCUUCACCUGGGAGGCUCUAAAAGGGACACAGACUCUGUGAUUUUCCUGGUGGGCAAUAAGCAAGACUUGUGCCAUAUGCGGGAAGUGGACAGGGAGGAAGGCCAGAAGUUGGCGUCCAAGCGCCGCUGUCAGUUUUACGAGCUGUCUGCUGCGGAGCACUACCAGGAGGUGCUACUCAUGUUCUCCAAGAUCGUGCGCAAUGCCAGUCUAGGAGGCUGGGCCAAGGAGCGGCGCCGUCGCCCUAGCGGUUCAAAGUCUAUGGUCAAACUCAUCAACAAUGUCUUCGGGAAAAGGCGGAAAUCUGUUUAAAAAUCAACUUGGACAAUUGUUACUGGACUGACGUAUGAAAUGUGCCGCCGUUGUUUAUAUAAUUCCUUACUGCUUAUUGUUAAUGCCACACUGUCAUUACCAGGUAAAUCUUAUGAAACACAUCAAGAACAUGAACACACUUCACCCUAAAAUCAAAAGUAAACAAACAUUUUCUUUGCUUCAAGAAAAAAUCUCAUAACCAUAAUGAGUCCAGAUUUAUUUUACUUGGGCAAGGCCUGUUUUAAAACCAUUUUGCAUUUGGAAAAAUAUUCUCAUGUCAUUUACCUCAUAAUUUCUCAUUACUGCAAUGAAAAAAAUAAAUAUAUAUGUGUGUGUGUGUGUGUGUGUGUGUAUAUAUAUAUAUAUAUGUGUGUGUGUGUGUGUGUGUGCAUGUGUGUGUGUGUAUGAUAUUUUAGGAUUGCACUAAAAUAAAAUAAAUCUGGACUCAUUAUGGUAAUGAGAUUUUUACAUUGUGGCAAUGACAAAAUGUGCCCAUUUCUUAUCAAAAAUAACGUCACAGUGUAAAACAUUUAAAAUAGGCUUAAUUUUGUUAAUGCAAAAUAUAAUAACAUAAUUUUCUUCCUUUUGUGUACAGCUUUUUGCCUUAAAUGUUUCUUUAAUCGCUUCUAAGGAUGUUUAAAUGUCAGAUUUCAAAGAACAACUAAGAACAUCACUGAUAUUUCAGCUGCCAAUUCAAAGUGAACUCUGAGGUUGUGAACUGUUAGUUAUCUUGUUGUGUAGUCAUAGAUCAAAUGUUUCUUGUGUUUUACGUACCAUUUGUUUGUGCAGUAUAUGAAAAUCCUCCCUUGCUGUUAGAUGUAAUUUAAACACUUUCUAAAUGAUGUGACAAUGACAAGCCAUAAUGUUUAUCGAUUUUGAAUGAUUUAUGGAUCUGUGCAUUAAAAUGUGACCAUUUUCACCAAA